AUGCCUGUCGUUGCCAGUCAAAAGCUCGUCGCCCUGCAGCAGGCUGCUGACGGCAUCAGGAACAUCUGCAUCCUGGCCCACGUCGACCAUGGCAAGACGUCCCUCACCGACGCCCUCAUCGCCACCAAUGGCAUCAUCUCCCCCAAGCUCGCUGGCAAGAUCCGCUACCUUGACUCGAGGCCCGAUGAACAGCUGCGUGGCAUCACCAUGGAGUCGUCGGCCAUCUCCCUCUUCUUUUCCUCGCUGCGCCGCUCCGCCCCCGACGCCGCUCCCGAGCACAAGGAAUUCCUCAUCAACCUUAUAGACUCGCCGGGACACAUAGACUUUAGCUACGAGGUAUCUACAGCAUCCCGCCUCUGCGAUGGCGCCGUCGUGCUCGUAGAUGCCGUCGAGGGUGUCUGCAGCCAGACUGUUACCGUCCUGCGACAGACAUGGAUAGAGAAGCUAAAGCCUCUGCUCGUCAUCAACAAGAUGGACAGGCUAAUCACAGAACUCAAAAUGAGUCCGGCCGAAGCAUACACGCACUUGAGUAAACUGCUUGAACAGGUAAACGCCGUCAUGGGCAGCUUCUACCAAGGCGAGCGCAUGGAGGAUGAUCUCCGGUGGCGCGAGAAAAUGGAAGAGCGCCUCAAUGCCGCUGCCGCUGCCGCUGCCGCUGCUGCUGACAAGACUGACACGCGAUCCUCAUCUGUGCUGGAAAACGGUGACAGCAUUGACAUGACUAGUACCCCCGCCGAGUACAAGGAAAAAGACGAUGAAGACAUUUACUUCGCCCCUGAAAAGAACAACGUCAUCUUCGGCAGUGCCAUUGACGGCUGGGCUUUCACUGUGAGGCAGUUUGCAGGCCUGUACGAGAAGAAGCUGGGCAUCAAGCGCUCCAUUCUCGAAAAAGUCCUUUGGGGCGACUUCUACCUCGACCCCAAGACCAAGCGUGUCCUUAGCUCAAAACAUCUCAAGGGCCGACACCUCAAGCCCAUGUUUGUCCAGCUCGUCUUGGACAAUAUCUGGGCCGUGUACGAGGCCACUACAGGAGGUAGCAACGGGAAGGGAGAUGCUACCAUGGUCGAGAAGAUUACCAAGUCGCUCAACCUCAACCUCCCUGCACACGUUAUGCGCUCCCGCGACCCCAGGACUCUCUUGAUGGCGCUUUUCGCAGCCUGGCUUCCGCUCUCGACCGCUCUCUUAGUAUCUGUGACAGAAUACCUACCUCCCCCAUCCAAGGCGCAGUUCGAACGCAUGCCUGAAAUCAUUGACACCUCACCGGGCGCCGAUUACGUUGAUCCACAAGUACGAGAUGCAAUGACCAAUUUCAAAACAUCGGCCGGUGCCCCUGUCGUAGCCUAUGUUAGCAAAAUGAUCUCGGUACCCUCCAGCGAGCUACCCCAGAACAAGCGAAGGGCCGGCGCCCUGACUGCCGAAGAGGCAAGGGAGUUGGGGAGAAAGAAGAGGGCUGAGAUUGCCCGCCAGCAAGCCAUCGCCAAUGGCCAAGAUACAGAUGUUGGCAGUGUCACAGAUGCUCUGGGCUCUUCGACCAUUGGAGAAACCGAGACUCCGGUAGAGGAGGCUGAGGCAGCUGAGGAAGAGGCAGAACACCUGAUCGGUUUCUCGCGUAUCUUCUCCGGAACUCUCAACGUGGGCGAUGAAGUAUACGUGCUCGGCCCAAAGUUCACUCCUGCAAAUCCACACGCUACACCCGAACCCCAAAAGGUCAAGAUCACGGCUUUGUAUCUCAUGAUGGGCCGCGGCUUGGAGCCCUUGACCUCAGUACCUGCGGGCGUCGUCUUUGGAAUUGGUGGACUCGAAGGACACAUACUCAAGUCCGGAACACUGUGUUCCCAAUUGCCCGGAGCUGUCAACCUGGCUGGUGUCCAGAUGGGCACUGAGCCAAUCGUCCGUGUUGCUCUCGAGCCUGAGAACCCUUAUGAUUUGGACAAGAUGAUCAGGGGCUUGAAACUCCUUGUUCAGAGCGACCCGUGCGCAGAAUACGAGCAACUACCUAGUGGAGAGCACGUAAUUCUCACUGCGGGAGAACUGCACUUGGAGAGAUGUUUGAAGGAUUUGAAAGAACGAUUCGCCAAGUGCGAAAUACAGGCUGGCGAGCCCAUCGUGCCUUACCGAGAAUCGAUUGUCGCAGCGGCUGAGAUGAAUCCGCCAAAGGACCCUAAUCUACCCAGGGGCACUGUUAUUGGCGAGACAGCAAGCAAGCAGGUGUCAGUACGCCUGCGGGUACGCCCACUACCAGCCAGCGUCACGGAUUUCUUAGGAAAGAACGCUGGCGCUAUCAAAAAAUUAUACUCGGACCGACGAGCAGAAGACGAGGGCGGGAAUGCAGAACAUCAAGAGCAUGGAAAUGAAGACGAUGGCAUCCAAGAAGCGGAGAAACGCGAAAUAGGACAGAGUCUCAGCUUAGAUGAGUUCAAGAAGCAACUCAAGGAAGCUUUUGCCGAAGCAAAGGGACAGAAGGAAGUGUGGACUGACGUGAUUGAGAAGAUUACUGCGUUUGGGCCUCGAAGAAUAGGACCUAAUAUUCUCGUCGAUGCAACCCCAGAUGGCAUCUGCAGCAAGGCACUACGCGACUCAUCGUCUCCCGACCCAGACGCAGAAGAGCCAUCAGAUCGUACAAUAUCCCCCCGCACCUUUUCCUCAACCAUUGCCUACGCCUUCCAGCUAGCCACAGCCCAAGGCCCUUGCUGCGCAGAGCCCGUGCAAGGCAUCGCCGUAUUUUUAGAAUCCGUGACACUAAACCUGGGCGAAGACGAAGGCGCACAGCAAGACCGCGGCCGCCUCACGGGCGAAGUCAUCAAAGCCGUGCGCUCGUCCAUCCAUCAGGGCUUCCUCGACUGGUCCCCCCGCAUGCUCCUCGCAAUGUACAGCUGCGAAAUCCAAGCCUCGACCGAUGUCCUGGGUCGCGUCUACGCCGUCCUGACUCGUCGCCGCGGCACCAUUCUCAGCGAAACCCUGUCGUCGACGUCAUCCGCAUCCACCACGGGAUCCCAAACAUUCACUAUCAAUGCGCUCCUCCCCGUCGCCGAAUCUUUUGGAUUCAGCGACGAAAUCCGCAAGAGGAGUUCUGGCUCGGCGUCGCCUCAGCUCCGCUUUGCGGGAUUCGAAAUGCUCGACGAAGACCCCUUUUGGGUCCCUUUUACUGAAGAUGAGCUUGAGGAUCUGGGUGAGCUUGCAGACCGCGAGAAUGUGGCAAAGAGGUAUGUGGAUAAGGUGAGGAAGCGCAAGGGACUCCGUGUUGCGGGGGAGAAGGUCGUGGUUGAUGCAGAGAAGCAGAAGACGCUUAAGAGGUAA